ACUAUUCAUUAAAAUGAAAGAAAAAGUGGACAAAAUUUGCGAGAUUUGCAGCGAUAAAGGAAUUGGCCGACAUUUCGGUGCCAUUACCUGUGAAUCGUGUAAAGCAUUCUUCAGGAGAAAUGCCAACAAAGAUAAGGAAUUCAUAUUAACGGAUAAGGAAAGAGAGGAAAGGAGACAAUUAGUGGAAGAUAAUAGACGUAAACGAAAACAAUUAACUGAAUGUCAAAAAUCAUCUCAAGAAUCAGAUUUGCCAUCAAAUCCUUCAUCAAAUAAAUCCUCAAAUCCUUCAUCAAAUGAGUCGACCAUAUCUUGUGAUAGUGACAGUGACUUCUUGGGUGACAUAACCGCAUGUGUUUUGGAUGUAAGCGAUGAGGACCUGAGCGCACAGAUUAUGGAAAUUGAAGAUUAUGUCAACAAUGAAGACUCGGAUCAAAGUAUUGAGACAUUGAGUGAUAGACUUAUGUUGCAAGACAUCAAUGAGAGAUCGCAACAAAUAGCUGUCAUUCCUCUGUUCAAAGAACUCACGGAUUAUAACGGUUUGAAUGAAUUGGAGGCCAAUAAGAUUGGGGAGCUAUUGGGCGCCUCCAAGUUAUUUGACUACCCGACCAGUAAAAACAUAAUCAAACUGACGGACAAACUUAAUUUUGACGAGUAUUUAAGAAGUUAUUCCCAAAAAUCUGAAGAGACUGUCAAAGAAACCCUAAAUUAUAGCAAAAUGUUGAGUGCGUUCACGAGUGUAUGUCCUGAGGACCACGAUGAAAUAUCAUCGGAAUAUAAAUAUUAUUCAGUAUUCAAACAACUAUUUGAGGAUUUUUUGUGCAAAUUUAUGCCCUAUUGGAAAAAGGACCGUGUCAUAUUGGAAUUAAUAAACGCAAUCGCACUGUUCAACCCGAAUCGACCCAAUCUUAAACAUAGACAUAAUAUUAGACUGGAACAGCAAUUGUAUAUUUAUUUACUCCAAAGAUAUUUACUAUUGAAGUGUCGAUCGGAUUGUGAAUCUCAGGAAAGAGGUUUGCAAUAUUACUAUAUCAAGAAGUCAUGGCUAUACAGGUGA